AUGUCAGACAUACUGUGCAUUGCGAUGGGGAAUUCCCUCGUGCACUUACGGUGCAUAGGUCCAGGAAAGCUUGACGGGACAAUUGCGGAGUUACUCCAUUCUGCUUCUAUUGACAUGAAAUCCACCCUUCACUUCGGCCUCAACACGGUGGUCAACACAAUAGGAAUAUUCACCGUGCCGUUCAGUCUCCUGGUUCUCUUCUCGAUAAAUCUUUUCCACACCUUGUACUUAAGCACGUAUGAAUCUCUCCUCUCCAAACUUCCUCAAUCCAACUCUUUUGCUCAACGUGCCCUUCCAAAGUCCUUUCCCCAAACAUCUUCUCCCCCAUCAGGGCCUUGUUUAGCCACUUGCAUGAGGUUUACCUUUACGCGCCUUCUCAGUGUUGGGAUCUCUUUCUUCUCAAAGCCGUUUCAUAAAUUCCCUCUUCCCCAACUCCUGCCACUGAAAAUGGCGGAGACUGAGACUAAGCCCGUGACAAUAGGGCCAACGCAUGAGCAGGAAACCGGAAACCUCCUGGCUUGUUUGAAAAGCUAUUAUCGUAGCUCGAAGUUUACGGACAUGACAAUCAUCACCCCUGAAAAAGAACUCAGGGUCCACAAGCUGGUGCUGUGCAGCCAGUCAGGUUACUUCGCGAGGAUGUUCAACGGGGACUGGCUGGAGACAAAUACCAACACGAUCAAACUGGAGGGGGAUGACCAUCGAUUCUUGGUAACGAUGAUUGACUUCAUGUACGGCUACGAUUACGACACCACUGAUCACGGCAAUACAUCUCCAAUUAUGUUCCACAUUGCGGCAUAUCAGAUCGCCGAUAAGUACGAUGUCCCAAAGAUGAAGAAGCGCGCUAAGGAGAAGUUCGAAGGGAUUGUGGCGGUCGGUUGGGAUAUGGAUGACUUUGCGGCUGCAGUUGCAGAGGUGUAUCGAACUACUCCCAUGUGCGAGAGAGGCCUCCGUGACCCUCUUGUCCGCGUCACAAACCGGCGCUUUGGUGACCUAUUACAGAAGGAAAGUUUCGUGAAGAUGCUCGAGCAGACCCCUGGCUUUGCGGCAGAUCUGGCCAGGACAAACUACGUGGGCGGAUGCUGUAAUUGCAAAGCCGGCAUAAAUGCGGAUGGUUGGUGUUUUUGA